CCCGAUGUCCUGCUCCAGGGCAACGGGAUCCUCCUGGAGCACUUCUCCAGUGCCACCCCCUCCGCAGGGGUCCCAACCACGGUCACCGUGCCCAUCCGAGAGGGCGCCUGGCGCCGCGCGGACGGGCACGAUGCCACCCGCGAGCACCUCCUGAUGGCCCUGGCCGACGUGGACCUGCUCAUGAUCCGGGCAUCCUACUCAGAGCAGCCGGAGCAGAGCAGCCUGGCCGACGUCAGCCUGGACGUGGCAGUGCCCCACGCCACCGGCCGCCCGCCCGCGCUGGAGGUGGAGGAUUGCGCCUGCCCACCCGGGUACCGCGGGGCCUCCUGCCAGGACUGUGACACCGGCUACACCCGCAGCAGCGCCGGGCUCUACCUGGGCACCUGCGAGCCGUGCCAGUGCCACAGCCACGCCAGCGAGUGCCACCCCGACACCGGCGUCUGCCAGGGCUGCCGGGAUCACACGGAGGGACCGCGCUGUGACAAGUGCCAGCCCGGCUACUACGGCGAUGCCACCCGGGGCACCCCAGGCGACUGCCAGCCCUGUCCCUGCCACGGGCCCCAUGGGGACUCCCAGGUGACCAAGAUCUGCUUUGAGGACACGGACGGGCAGCCCACCUGCAGCGCCUGCGCCCCAGGGCACAGCGGGCGCCUCUGCGAGAGGUGCUUGCCCGGGUACGUGGGGGACCCUCCACGGGGACAGCCAUGCCAAGUGCCCAGCGUCCCUGGGGGGCAGUGCCAGUGUGACCCCCGUGGCAGCACCGGCGAGGGCUGCGAUGCCAGCGGGCAGUGCCGCUGCAAGGCCAACGUGGAGGGUCCCCACUGUGCCACCUGCCGUGCCCACCACUUCCACCUGAGCGCGGCCGAGCCGGCCGGGUGCCUGCCCUGCUUCUGCAUGGGCAUCGUGCAGCACUGCGCCAGCACCGGCCUGGCCCGCGGCACUGUCCAGACGCCCUUUGCUCCAGGGGAUGCCCAGGGGUUCGCCCUGGUGAACCGGCAGCGCAGCACCCGCGUGGGCAGCGGCUUUGGGGUCCAGCCGGGCACCCCCCACCCUGUGCUGACCUACGAGCGCUUCGGGGAGCUGCCCCCUGACUCCUACUACUGGCAGCUGCCACCCCCCUACCAGGGGGACAAGGUGGGCUCCUAUGGUGGGCGGCUGCGCUACACCCUCACCUACACCCCGGGGGGCCCGGGAGCCCCCCAGCCCGACGCCGACAUCCAGAUCACGGGCAACGACAUCACGCUGGUGGCCCAUCAACCCGACCUGCCCCCGCGGACCCCCCAGGCCUUCGAGAUCAUUUUCCGGGAGGGUGACCCCACGGUGCGCGGGCAGGGCUGUGUCCCCGCGGGCCCCCCGCCCGCCCUGGCCGUGCGGGUGCACCCCCCACGCACGGCGGUGCCGCGGGGCAGCGCCGUCACCCUGCGGUGCCAGGCCACGGGAGAACCCCCCCUCUACUACCACUGGGUACGGGAGGACGGCAGAGCCCUCCCCGAGGGCGCCCAGAGCCGCCGACAAGGCGAGGAGCUGCACUUCCCCAGCAUCCAGCCCUCGGAGGCCGGAGUGUACGUGUGCUCCUGCCGCAACCUCCGGCACAGCAACGCCAGCCGCGCCGAGGUCAUCGUCACCGAGACCCCCGACAAGCCCAUCACGGUCACCGUGGAGGAGAAGCGGGUGCAGCGGGUACAGCCGGGCGCCGACGUCACCUUCGUCUGCACCGCCAAGAGCAAGUCCCCUGCCUACACCCUGGUGUGGACGCGGCAGAACCACGGGACGCUGCCCGCGGGCGCCGUGGACUUCAACGGGAUCCUGACGCUGCGCGGGGUGCGGCCCCAGGACGCCGGGGUCUACGUGUGCACCGGCUCCAACAUGCUGGACAUGGACCAGGGCACCGCCACACUCUACGUCCAGGCCGCCUCGAAGACCCAGAUGUUUUACGGCCCCGUGGAGUUCAUGGAGGGGCACAGACCGGCCGGCACCGCCGCCGCCCCCACCGCCAGCGUGGAGCCGGCGCAGCUGAGCGUGGCACCGGGGCAGCCGGCAGAGUUCCGCUGCGUGGGCACCGGCAACCCCGCGCCCACCCUCGAGUGGCUCGGAGCGCUGCCGCCGCAGGCCGUGGUGCAGGGCGGGACGCUGCGGUUCGGCGCUGUGGAACCCGCCGACGAGGGGCACUAUGAGUGCCGGGCACGCAGCAGCGCCGGGCAGCACACGGCGCGGGGGUACCUGCACGUGCAAGCCCCAGGCAACACCACCCCCCUGCGCAUCGACUCCCCGUCCUCCGCCGUGGUCGAGGGACAGACCCUGGACCUCAACUGUGUCAUCGCCAGUGGCCCUGCCCAGGCCACUGUCACCUGGUACAAGCGCGGGGGGACCCUCCCGGCCAAGCACCAGGUGUCUGGCUCCCGGCUGCGGCUGCUGCAGGUGACGGCGGCCGACUCGGGCGAGUACGUGUGCCGGGUGACCAGCGGGGCCACCACCAAGGAAACCUCCAUCAUGGUGACCAUCCAGCCCAGCGGGGCUGGUGCCUACCCCCCGGGUAACACGACCCCCCUGCGCAUCGAGUCGUCAUCCCUGUCAUCCCCCGUGACCGAGGGACAGACCCUGGACCUCAACUGUGUCAUCGCCAGCCCUACCCAGGCCACUGUCACCUGGUACAAGCGCGGGGGUUCCCUCCCGGCCAAGCACCAGGUGUCUGGCUCCCGGCUGCGGCUGCUGCAGGUGACAGCGGCCGACUCGGGCGAGUACGUGUGCCGGGUGACCAGCGGGGCCACCACCAAGGAGAUCUCCAUCAUGGUGACCAUCCAGCCCAGCGGGGCCGGCGCCUACCCUGCUGGUGUCACCCCCCCUGUGCGCAUCGAGUCCUCGUCCUCCUCUGUGGCCGAGGGACAGACCCUGGACCUCAACUGCAUCGUGGCCGGGCAGGGACAGGCCACUGUCACCUGGUACAAGCGCGGGGGGUCCCUUCCGGCCAAGCACCAGGUGUCGGGCACCCGCCUGCGCAUCCCGCAGGUGACGGCGGCCGACUCGGGCGAGUACGUGUGCCGGGUGACAUCGGGCAGUGCCACACAUGAGACGUCCCUCAUCGUCACCAUCCAGACCGGCGCUGGCUCCUCUUACGCUGUCGGUGUCACGCCGCCGGUGAGGAUCGAGACCUCCUCUGCUGCCGUCACCGAGGGACAGACCCUGGACCUCAACUGCAUGGUGGCAGGACAGGGUCACCCCCAUGUCACCUGGUACCGGCGCGGGGGGGCCCUGCCCCCCAACAGCCAGGUGUCGGGGACCCGCCUGCGCCUCGCCCAGGUGGCGGUGGCCGAUUCAGGGGAGUACGUGUGCCGGGUGACCCUGGGCAGCGUCACGCAGGAGGCGUCUGUCAUUGUCACCGUGCCCAGCAGCGCCGGCACCUACUACCCCUCUGGUGCCUCCCAACCCCUCCGCAUCGAGUCCUCGUCCUCGGCCAUCGCCGAGGGACAGACCCUGGACCUCAACUGCGUGGUGGCCGGGUCUGGCCCUACCACCGUGACGUGGUACAAGCGUGGGGGGUCCCUGCCCAUCGGCCACCAGGUGUCGGGCACCCGCCUGCGCAUCCCCCAGGUGACAGCGGCCGACUCGGGAGAGUAUGUGUGCCGGGUGACAUCGGGGGGCGUCACCCAGGAGACGUCCCUCAUUGUCACCAUCGAUGACGGAGCCAGCCCAUCCCACUCCUCUGCCAUCACACCGCCCAUCCGCAUCGAGUCCUCGGCGUCCUCCGUCACCGAGGGGCAGACCCUGGACCUGGACUGCCUGGUGGCUGGGGAGGGACAGGCCACCAUCACCUGGUACAAGCGUGGGGGGUCCCUCCCAGCCAAGCACCAGAUGUCGGGGUCCCGCCUGCGGCUGUCGCAGCUCUCGGUGGCCGACUCGGGGGAGUACGUGUGCCGGGCAGACACGGGCAGCGUGUUCCGCGAGGCCACCGUCGCCGUCACCGUCACCUCCCGGGACAGCUCCAGCUACCGCCUGCAGAGCCCCAUCAUCUCCAUCGACCCUCACAGCAUGGCCGUGGCACCGGGGGAAGACGCCACCUUCAAGUGCCGCGUCCACGACGGCGCCCGGCCCGUCAACGUCACCUGGCGGAUGGGACCUGGCCAGCACUUCCAAGACAAUGUGAAGAUCAGCACCAAUGGCUCCGUCAUCUCCAUCACGGGUGCCCACGUGGGCAACCAGGGUGCCUACCACUGCGUGGCCUCCAACCGCUUCGGCGUCGCCAGCAGCGUCGUCAACCUCGUGGUGCAAGGUGCCCCCACCGUGUCGGUGAUGCCACCAGGCCCCGUGACGGUGAAGGAGGGCAAAUCCCUGAGCCUGGAGUGCCUGGGGCGGGGUGAACCACGGCCGCUGGUGCGCUGGAGCCGGCUGGGCUCCCGGCAGAAGGUGGAGCACCAAACCCUGCUGCACAUGGACAGCCAGGCCAUCCUGCAGCUCUCGCCGGCCAAGCCGGAGCACGCCGGGACCUACGUGUGCACGGCGCACAGCGCGCUGGGCUCGGCGCAGGCACGGGUGGAUGUGAGCGUGGAGUCGGCGCAGCAGCGGCAACCGGGCGCCCCCGAGGUCACCGCGCCGGCCACCGUCACCGUGGUGGCCGGGGACACGGCCACGCUGCACUGCACGGCCAGAGGGGACCCGACACCGCGCAUCGAGUGGUCGAAGCUGCGGGCACCCCUGCCCUGGCAGCACCGCGUGGUCAACGGGACCCUGGUGAUCCCUCGCGCCGCGCAGCAGGACUCGGGCCAGUACAUCUGCAACGCCACCAGCCCUGCCGGCUCCUCGGAGGUCUUUGUCACCUUGGACGUGGAGACUCCUCCGUACGCCACGGUGCUCCCGGAGGAGGCGGCGGUGCGGGCGGGGGACGCGCUGCAGGUGCAGUGCCUGGCACACGGCACCCCCCCGCUGCACUACACCUGGGCCAAGGUGAACGGGAGCCUGUCGGGGCGCGUGUCCCACCGCGCCGGCCUCCUGCGCAUCAGCCCCGCCGCCCCCACCGACGCCGGUGCCUACCGCUGCCUGGUCACCAACCGCGUGGGCACCGCCGAGGCCUUCGCCCGCGUGACCGUCCACGGUGGCCCUGCUGAAGGUGUGGACAUCAGUGGCGGUCCCCUGGCAGUGCGGGUGACCCCGGGGAGCCUCGUCAAGGGGGUGGGCGGCACCGCCGAGUUUGCCUGCGCCGUGUCUGGGGACCCCCGGGCACGCGUGGAGUGGCUGAAGGAGGGCGGGGAGCUGCCCCCCACCCACAGCGUGCGGGACGGGGUGCUGCGGAUCCCGGAGCUGGCGUGGGGGGCACAGGGGGUGUACGUGUGCCGGGCCAGCGCCCCGGGCGGGCAGGCGGAGGACAGGGCCACCCUCACCAUCCAGGCUCUCCCCAGGGCCCUGAUCAACAUCCGGACGGCCGUGCAGACCGUGCUGGUGGGGACGACCGUGGAGCUGGAGUGCCUGGGCUUGGGUGAACCCCGGCCCCACGUCACCUGGAGCAAAGUGGGGGGCCGCAUCCGGCCCGGGGUGCUGGUGCAGGCUGGCACCCUCACCAUCGAGCGGGUGGAGCGGGCGGACGCGGGGCAGUACCGCUGCACCGCCACCAAUGCCGUGGGCACCGUCCAGUCCCACGUCAUCCUCCACGUGCAAGCUGCCCCCCAGAUCGCGGGGCAGCCCGAGGUGAAGGAGGUGUCCGUGGGAUCGGCGGCUGUCCUGCCGUGCCUGGCGUCCGGCUUCCCCGUGCCGGAGAUCACCUGGAGCAAGCUGGAGGGGGAGCUGCCGGCGGGCGCCAGGGUGGAGGGGAACGUGCUGACGCUGCCGGCCGUGCGGCCCGAGGACGGCGGGGUCUACACCUGCACUGCCAGCAACCACCGCGGCCAGGAGACGGCCUACUACGUGCUCAAGGUCCAGGAGCACCUGGUGCCCUAUUUCGGGCAGUCGCCCCGCUCCUUCCUCCCCCUGCCCACCAUCAAGGACGCCUACAAGAGGUUUGAGAUCCUCAUCAGCUUCCGGCCUGAUGCUGCUGAUGGGCUUCUCCUCUACAACGGGCAGCGGAAAAACAGCGGCGCCGACUUCAUCUCCUUCGGGUUGGUGGGCGGCCGCCCCGAAUUUAGGUUUGACGCCGGUUCGGGCAUGGCCACCAUCCGGCACCCCACGGCGCUGCGGCUGGGCCAGUACCACACCGUGCGGCUGCUCCGCAACCUCACCUGGGGCUCACUGGCCCUGGACGGGCACCCCCCCGUGAAUGGCACCUCCCAGGGGAAGUUCCAAGGGCUGGAUCUGAAUGAGGAGCUGUACCUGGGCGGGUACCCCGACAUCGGCGCCGUGGCCAAGACGGGGCUCAGCCGCGGCUUCAUGGGCUGCGUGCGCCAGCUCCGCAUCCAAGGGGAGGACGUGGCCUUUGGGGACAUGGACCUGCAGGCGCACGGUGUCACCAACUGUCCCACCUGCCAGGACCGGCCGUGCCAGAACGGCGGCGUGUGCCAGGACGACGAGAGUGGCACCUACAUGUGCCGCUGUCCCCACGGCUUCACCGGCAGCAACUGCGAGUACUCGCAGGCCCUGCACUGUCACCCGGAGGCCUGUGGGCCCGAUGCCACCUGUGUCAACCGGCCAGAUGGGCAGGGCUACACCUGCCGCUGCCACCUGGGCAAGAGCGGGGACAGGUGCACUGAGGGGGAGGCGGUGGAUGUGCCGUCCUUCGAGGAGGACGGAGCCUUCGUGUCGUACCCGCCCCUCACCAACGUGCACCACGAGCUGCGCGUGGAGGCCGAGUUCCUGCCGCUGGCGCCCGACGGGCUCCUGCUCUUCAGCGCCGGCAAAGCCGCCCCCGUCGAGGACUUCGUGGCCUUGGCCAUGGUCGGGGGUCACCUCGAGUUCCGCUACGAGCUGGGCUCAGGCCCGGCGGUGCUGCGGAGCGCGGGCCCGGUGGCGCUGGGACAGUGGCACUGGGUGAUGGCCGAGCGGCUGAACAAGGACGGGACCCUCGUGGUGGACGAUGCGGCCCCCGUGAAACGCUCCUCGCCCGGCAAGAGCCAGGGCCUGAACCUGCGCAGCCCCCUGUACCUGGGGGGCACCGAGCCCCCGCUGCGGCCCCCCACCAACGCCUCCUUCCGCGGCUGCAUCGGAGAGGUGUCGAUCAACGGGAAGCGUUUGGACCUGCGGGAGCGGUUCCUGCGCAGCCGGGGGGUCCGGCCCUGCGGGCAGCGAGCACCGUGUCGGCCGGGGACACGCGGCCUGCGCUGUGAGCAGGAGGAGGAGGAGGAGGAGGCCGAGGCCUGCGGGCCCUCCCGGCCCUGCCUGCACGGCGGCACCUGCGCCCACGGCUCCUGCCACUGCCCCCCCGGGCACGGCGGGGCCCGCUGCCAGCACCGUUCGGCGCUGGCAGAGCUGGAACACGACUGGCACGAGGGCAGCGGGGGCGGCGAUGCCCCAGGACAGUUCAGUGCCACGUUCCAGGACGGAUCCUACCUGGCUCUUCCCGGGCACCUCUUCCCCCGUGGCCCCCCCGAGGCGCCCGAGACCAUCGAGCUGGAGCUGCGGACGCUCAGCGCCCACGGGCUGCUGCUGUGGCACGGCAUGGAGCCCGGCGAGGGCGGCAAAGCCAAAGAUUUCCUGGGACUGGGGUUGAAGGACGGGCACCUGGUGUUCAGUUACCAGCUGGGCAGUGGCGAGGCCACCAUCGUCUCUGAGGAUCCCAUCAACGAUGGCGAGUGGCACCGGGUGACGGUGACCAGGGAGGGCCGGCGUGGGCAGCUCCAGGUGGACGGGGAGGAGCCGGUGAGUGGGGAAUCCCCCGGAUCCAACAUCAUGGCCAACACAGAGGGCGACGUCUACGUGGGCGGAGCCCCCGACCCCCACGCCCUCACCGCGGGCAAGUUCAGCUCCGGAAUCUCGGGCUGCGUGCGGGGACUGGCGCUGGAAUCCGCUGGGAUCCCCCCCCACCCCAUCGACCUGCGGCACGGCGCCGUGGCGGGGGCCCCCGUGCCCCCCUGCCCCUCCUAACGACCCCCCCGGAACACAGUUUGGGGGAAGUUGGCCGAUUUUACUCUUUUCCAAAA